AUGCGCAGGACGUUGCGAGCCGACGCCAGUGACCGGGCAGGUGAUGUUUGCUCACGCUGGUGUGUCCCCCCCAUCCGAGGCCAGCAGCCGUAUGGGGAAAGCAGCGGCAGACACAGAUGGCAUGGACACUUCCACAAGGUCUGCCGCUCUGCCCUGCCUGCUCUGCCGGAGCCCGUUCGCCGCCGUCUCUCUCUUCCAGCUCGCUCCGCCGCCCAGCAGCACUGCAGCACAGCACAGGCUGACGGCAUGAGGCUUGAUCCAGUGCAUUUCUCCAUGCUGGUCAUCGGGGUCUCCUUCGCCUGUUACGCCCCGAGUCUCAACUCCCUCCAGGACCAGGCGUACCGAUCCGCCGUGGUCAUCGAGGGCGAGGUGCGCUCCUCCCCGGAGAACGUCUCCUCCCGGGAGCCCUACAGUGUGAAUGUCAAAGUGCUGGACGUGUGGCCCGUCAACAGCGGCGGCCUCGAGAGGGAGCAGCUCGUGACCGUCGGGGACUUCGGUUCCGAGGCCCCGUGCACCACAGUGGAGAAGGACCACAGAUAUAUCUUUUUCAUGGACCCCACUGCUGAGCCCUUGGUAUUCAAGGCAUCGUACGCCCCUGUGGACGCCAGCGAGCCGGAGCUGAAGAAGGAUGUGGAGAAGGUGUUGUGCGAGGACUGCGCCUCUGCUCCUAAGCUUCGUCUGACGCGAGGCCAGUCUCUGGUGGAAGGGGACAAGCUGUACUUGAAGUGCGAGGCGUCGGGGAAUCCCAGCCCUUCCUUCCGCUGGUACAAAGAUGGACAUGAGCUUCAGAAAGGCAGAGACCUAAAAAUAAAGACCAACAAGAAAAACUCAAAGGUGCAGAUCAGUCGCGUCCGUGUGGAAGACUCUGGCAACUACACCUGUGUGGCUGAAAACUCACUAGGACAAGAAAACGUCACGAGUAUAAUCAGCGUGCAGAUCUUGACCACCACCACCACCCCGUCUUCAGGUGUGAGUCACGCCAGGCGCUGCAACGACUCGGAGAAGGCUUACUGCGUCAACGGAGGAGACUGUUACUUCAUACAUGGUAUUAACCAGCUGUCCUGCAAGUGUCCCAAUGACUAUACGGGGGACCGCUGUCAAAACUCCGUCAUGGCCGGUUUCUACAAGGCUGAGGAGCUCUACCAGAGGCGGGUGCUGACGAUCACAGGCAUCUGUGUGGCGCUGUUGGUGGUUGGCAUCGUUUGUGUGGUGGCCUACUGCAAAACCAAGAAGCAGAGGCAGAAGAUGCACAGUCACCUACACCAGAACCAGAAUCAGUGUGUGGAGCAACCCAACCGCAUGCUGGCCAACGGCCCCAACCACCCCGGGCCCGGGCCCGAGGAGAUCCCCAUGGUUGACUACAUCUCCAAGAGCAUCCCAACGACAGAGUGUGUGAUCAGCCACGGAGCUGAGGGUGCAGGCAACUACGCAGGCAGCCGAAUGUCUACGCGCUCCCACCACUCGACCACUGCCUCACAUGCUUCCAGACACGAGGAGCAGACGUGGAGCAUGGAGCGAACAGAGAGUAUGAACUCAGACUGCCAGUCAGGUGGGCUGUCCAGCUCUGUGGGAACCAGUAAGUGCAGCAGCCCGGCAUGCAUGGCGAGGAGGGCCCACUGGGGCUGCACGGACAUGUCUGGACCGGGAAUGCAGUACGGGGAUUCCUACGACUCUCUAAGAGACUCGCCUCACAGUGACAGGUAUGUGUCGGCGCUGACCACGCCAGCGCGCCUGUCUCCCGUGGAGUUCCACUACCCCCCUUUGCCGCCCCAGGUGCCCACCUUCCACAUCACCUCGCCCAACACAAGCCACGCCCUCUCCCUGCCCCCCGCCGCUGCCGCCUACCACAGAGAGGACGACCAGCCGCUGCUACGAUGCCCCGAUGAUGGAAGUUUAUACAGGCAGCCCCGGCGUCCGCGGCGACCCUACCUGACGGAGAGCACCGGGAGCCUACCGUCCAGCCCCUACCGUCUCGCCGACGACGAAGCGUACGAGACCACGCAGGAGUACGCCUCUUCGCGGGAACCCAUCCGGAGCCGGCGACGCCCGCGACGCAACCGCCUCAACGGACACAUCUCCCAGCGGUCAACGGGCCUACGGGACUACAGCUCACAGAGUUUCAGCCAGUCAGAGGAGGAGGAGGAAGAGGAGGAGGAAGAGGACGGCCACGGGGAGAGCACACCUUUCCUUAGUAUGCAGAACAUGAACAUGGACCCACCCUUAACCCUUCCGGGUUUCCGUUCGUCUUCUGGUGCGGACACACGGACUCACCGCGGGCUGAGUCGGCCGGGGACACGCAGCAACGGGCAGAGCCGCGGCUCCCAGUCGCAGCGCUCCAAGGCUGACAACAUGCACCUUUAAGACUUAAC